AUGUCUGGCAAGAUACAGCCCUCCCAGGAGGAGAUCGAGCUGGAAACACGCAGGUUCAAGAGCACGGCGACGCCCGAGCUCCAGGAACGUCUAUAUGUGCACAGCGUGUACAACGACAUCGCGCAGCACUUCUCGCAGACCAGAUACAAGCCGUGGCCAAUGGUGGCCCAGUUUCUUGGGUCCAUCCCCGACUACUCGCUUGGAGUGGACGUCGGGUGCGGAAACGGCAAGUACCUGACGGUGAACCCGAAACUGUACAUUGUUGGGUCGGAUUACUCGACUGGUCUGCUCGACCAGGCUGUGCAGCUUCACCAGAAAGAAUUCAACGAUUUGGUGGUAGCAGAUGGGAUGAUGCUGCCGCACGAGUCCAGACGGUUUGACUUUGCCGUGUCGAUUGCCGUGGUGCACCAUUUCAGCACGAAAGGGAGGCGCGUGGCGGCGAUCCGCGAGAUUCUACGGGUGGUGCGCUGCGGCGGCCGGGCCCUGGUGUACUGCUGGGCUCUGGAGCAGGAGAAUUCGCGCCGCGGGUACAGAGAGGGCAUGGAGCAGGACAUACUGGUGCCGUGGGUGACGAAAGAUGGAACAACUCGGAUGAGAUAUUAUCAUUUAUAUAAGAAAGGCGAGCUGGAGGAGGACUGUGUGGCCGCUGGAGGGAGAGUUGUGCAGAGCGGCUAUGAGAAAGACAACUGGUGGUUAAUCGUGGAGCCGAUAUAG